UCUUAUCAUCGGUUUGCAAUCGGCUACACGUGCAUGCACGUGUGCCUAUGCGUGCGUAGGCGGUUACACGCGUGCUUGCUUGUGUACAUUUAAUCAGGUGCAUUAUUAUGUUCGCCAGUCAAAUCAUGGAUACUUGCGACGUUCUUGUCGCUCAGUCAUUAUUCGAGACGUGUACGUAGCAUAGAGAAAUGUCGAAGGAAGUCGAAAAAGAUUUCUCGACAAACCCGGAGAGUGAGCAGUUAUUAUCCGUUGAGGCAUAUAACAAUUCAUCAGAUACAUGUGUGAGAGUUCAACCAGAUGAGCGGUUGUCCAUGAACGAGUUAUGUAUUCAAGAUGUUUCGUCAUCAAGACCAUCGCUUCAGGACAAAUCCGCGGCAUUAAAUCUUAACAGACAUAUAGGCGAAAGUUCGAGCGGUUCGACAACCGUGGUAACAUCAUCCUUGAUUACCGCAAGUGGAAAUGAAAGUAAUGAUGAUCCGCCGCCUUAUGCCGCAAUCACGCCACCAAAUCAUAUCGGUUGGCCGUACGGACUUUUUUCAUUCAACGAUUCGUAUUUUACGGACGGAACGACUCAUAGGAUGGAAAUACCGUUAAUGCCUUUCCAAACUCAUCUGACACCGGUCACGGGUUUCCAUCCCGAAGGAAUUAAUAAUCGAUACGAAUCGUAUCCGAUGUCCUUAACGACGCCUUACCAAUUUCUCAAGUUUGGUUGCCAUAGGAAUUCUUUAUGGAGGGAAACGAUGGAUGCCACAGACGACGAAAUAACGGAGAAAAUCUACGAUAAAAAAACACGAACAUGUGGCGUUAUUCUCGUGGCAGCAGCGGUCAUCAUCUUCCUCAUGGCCCUGUCUUUGAUAGUUCGCUUUAUCAUGGAAAAAAGCUGGUGGCGAAGAUAGAUCAUCGUUAAAAAUGGCUGUUAUUUAGGAAUCGUUCAGAAUUAUUCUAAUU